UGUUUCCCUGUUCAUCACAGACGGAUGAUUUGUGACUCGUCACAGAAUAAGGACAUGCGUUUCCGUGCUCUGGGAAAUAUACGAUAACUACGGAUCAGUUUUGCACGCAAAAUGUGACAAAUCUGAAGAGGGAGGCCAAGCAGCAAGACGGCCCAAAACAGUGUUUUCAGGUGCUUAUUUGUCCAUAUGGAUGACUGCAAACAAAUCCAUUGUUCUGUGAGAACCUGUUGGUCCAGCCUAUAACUAACACUCAGAUGCAAUCAGUAUGGAUGUCAUUGGACAGAAGUACUUCACAACAGUUGAUUUUGUAUUGUUUGCCCUCCUUCUUGUGGCCUCCAUGGUCAUAGGGCUGUACUAUGCCCUCUCUGGAGGACGACAGAGAACAACUCAAGAAUUUCUGUUGGCUGACCGGAGCAUGAAGUGCCUACCCCUUUCCCUGUCACUCAUGGCCUCUUUCCAGUCAGCUGUUGCUAUAGUCGGCACACCAGCAGAAGUCUACGCCAAUGGCACGCAGUACUGGUUCAUAGGCUGCUCCUACAUUCUGGGACUCCUUAUUCCGGCCCACAUUUUCAUUCCAGUAUUCUACAGACUGCAACUCAAUAGUGCUUACCAGUACCUGGAACUCCGUUUUUGUAAAACAGUCCGGAUCUGUGGAACGAUUACCUUUAUUUUUCAGAUGGUCAUUUACAUGGGUGUUGGUGUAUAUACUCCCGCUCUUGCACUAAAUGCAGUUACUGGUUUUCAUUUAUGGGGAGCAGUAUUAGCAACUGGACUAAUAUGUACAGUGUACACUACUUUGGGUGGACUGAAGGCAGUGAUCUGGACUGACGUGUUUCAGACAUUGGUGAUGUUCGCAGGUCAGCUGGCUGUCAUCAUAGUGGGUGUGCAGCAAGUUGGUGGGCUUUCUGACUUUUGGAGGAAAAUCAGAGAGGGAGACCGCAUCUCCAGCAUUGACUUAAAUCCAGACCCAACUGUGCGGCACACGUUCUGGACGUUAGCACUUGGUGGAGUGUUUCUGAUGCUUUCUUUGUAUGGAGUGAACCAGGCGCAGGUGCAACGAUACCUCAGUUCUCGUACUGAGAAAGAGGCUAUAAUGUCAUGCUACAUGGCGUUUCCAUGUCUUCAGAUUGCUUUGGGUCUAAGCUGUCUAAUGGGUCUUGUUAUGUUUGCAUGUUACGGUGAUAACAGCACUUUAAACGAACAGUUCUUCACUUCUAAAGACCAGAUGGUCUUGUACUUUGUCAUGGACAUGCUGCAGAACUUUCCUGGACUGCCUGGAUUGUUUGUUGCUUGCUUAUUCAGUGCAUCUCUAAGCACAAUAUCCUCAGCCUUCAAUUCCUUGGCCACAGUAACAAUGGAGGAUCUGAUCAAACCACAUUGUCCUUCCAUGACAGAGGCUAGAGCCACUUUACUCUCGAAGAUACUUGCCUUUUUAUAUGGCCUUGUAUGUCUUGCUAUGGCCUAUGUUUUCCAUUUGAUGAACAGUUCUGUUUUGCAGGCAGCACUCAGUAUCUUUGGCAUGGUAGGAGGACCCUUGUUGGGUCUUUUCUGUCUUGGGAUAUUUUUCCCGUGGGCCAAUAGCACUGGGGCUGUGAUGGGGCUGUUUGCUGGUCUAGUCAUGGCCUUCUGGGUUGGCAUUGGUGGAUUUGUGACUCAGAUGCCAAGCAGUAUCAUCAUGCAUUCCCAGAACUGCACUGAUACAGUAGCAACAGAGAACAUGACCAUGGCCACAGUGACUGCUAUCUUGACUGCAGUCACUGAUAAACCAAGUAAACCUGUUGGGCUGCACGGCCUCUAUUCACUUUCAUACAUGUGGUAUAGUGCACUGAACUCCUCCGUUGUGGUUCUUUUUGGACUCCUCGUCAGUCUCCUCACAGGGCCAAUGAAAGAACAAGACUUGACAAGAGGGACAGUUUAUCCUCUAGUGGAGAAGAUACACCCUUUCCUGCAAAUGCUAGCAAAGCCCAAAUCUUGCUUGGGCUCUUCUCCAGAACACAGGCAAAUUCCUAUAUGCCAUGAUCAAAUGAAUGGUGUUGCCAACAAAGAGAGAAACACUGAAAUGGAGGAAGAAAGAGAGACUUUUCUCCCACUAUCCCAAAUAUCCUGUUUGGAGCAGGAAACAGCAGUGUGACUCACUAUCAGAAAAACCAUGAAUUGUAAGUACGGGUGUUAAGAUUAUGAUGGCAUGAGUGUAAGAACAGCUCUGCAGUAUUAUGGUAUGGUAUUUGCUUUGUUUAGAAAAGUGUUUUUUUUUAUCUGACAUUAUAAGGAGAACUCUCAGAUUGAAAAGCAGUUGAAGAAUUUGUGUGAAAAGCAAAGCACCUUAUGAACACACAUCCAUUGUGAACAAAUAAAGAACCAAAUAUUGGGAGAAUGUAAAUCCAUGAUAUGGUGACUGUAAGUAAUUGAAUGCUGCGAUAAACUGGUGUAUAAACUUUACACUGUAAAUUUAGUGUUUGCUUGCAAACUUGCAUACUAUAAUACGAUUGUAUUGAUGAGAUAUGAAAUAUGUGCCUAACUUGCAGUCCCAUCCUGGGACAGUGAAGGCAUAGUUGCCUUUUGUGGUCUGUAUUGAAGUGCUUGCAAUUAGUAAAUGCAAAAUGACAUGUUUAUGGGAAUGAUGUUUCAAGGGAAAAUGUGAGCAUAAAUAAAUUAAAAGUACUAUUUAAAAAAACCUAUUAGUUACUAGGUUUUGUAUCCAUGAUUAAUUUCUGACCUAAUGAAAUCACUCAGAUGUGAACAAAGCCAUUUAGAAUGGUUUGAUGUGAAAUUCGCCUUUAACCCUCAUAGGGUCUUCGGGUCUGUGCAUAGGGUCUUUUGGCUCAUUUUCUGUACGGAACAUAAAUCAGAAAACAUUUUCAAUGACCCCCCCCCCCCCCCCCCAUAUACCCCCCCUUCACAUUUAUAUUACAUACAGGGUCUUCGGGUCCUGUGGACCUGGGGUUAGUGAAAGUGUGGAAAUCAUAGGUUCUCUGUGUGUGUGUGGGGGUGUGUGAAUGGAUGAGCACCCACAGUGUGCACCCACUGUUCCCGCACAAGUUUGCAACAUUGUUGCAAAGUUAAGAGCACCAUCACUGCCAGCACCCACAUUCCCACACAUUUCACUUUCUAUCUCGUGGGAAUCAGUCUUGUGGAUCUAACACUAUAAACAGCUCUGUCAGUAUGGUUCUAUACCAUAAAUGAUCAAGAUGGCAAAGCGAUUCACUGUUCAGAGUGCCUUACAGCUGAUAUUGGAGGAGACAGAGGGUUCUCAUAGUGAUGCAGAAGAAGUAGUUUCGGAAUAUGAAGAUCACAUUUCUGAAAAUUCAGAGUCUGACAGUGAGUUUGAAGAGAAGGAUCAGCAUCAGUCAGCUCCAAAGCAUAAAAGAGCCUCAGGACCAACCCAUCAGCAUCCAGGACUAUGUGAGCAGCCAGCCAUAGGACCAGCCUGUCAGCCAGCUCCAAAAUGCAAGCAAACCACAGGACCAGCCCAUGAGAAGCUAGCCACUUUCCGGCAGUAUAUCCCAUCUAAACCUGCCAAGUAUGGUAUAAAGAUUUGGGCUGCCUGUGAUGCUGCUUCAUCUUAUGUGUGGAACUUGCAGGUCUACACAGGGAAAUGCAAUGGAGGAGCCCCUGAGAAAAAUCAAGUAAUGAGAGUGGUCCUCAAUAUGGCUCAGGGACUUUCUGGACACAACAUCACAUGUCAGAAUUUUUUCACAUCACACCAGCUAGGACAAGAUCUGUUAAAGCGGAAGCUGACUAUGGUGGGAACAGUACGCAAAGGCAGGUCUGAGCUCCCUCCCCAGCUCACUGAAAACAGAGGACAGGCCUGACCAGUCAUCAAAGUUUGUGUACACGGCUGACACGACCCUGGUAUCGUAUAUACCAAAGAAAGGUGGACAGAAAAACACAAUAUACAUGCACCCAGUGCAAGAAAUACAUAUGCAACACACACACAGUGAAACUCUGCCCUUCAUGUGUAGUAUAAUGGUAUGGUAUGAAAAUGGCCACAUUCAAUGGGGGUAAUGUGUUCAGUGGGGCUUAACUGACCUGAGCAAGUCAAAUAAAAAAAAAUCCAUUUUAGUUUUGGAAAAACAUGUUUCAUUUGUUCAUUUCUUGUUAUUUUUUCUGUUAUGCCUGUUUUAUGAUGCAUGUCCUUAUGUUACAUUUUAAAUUAAAAAAAUUAACCAAAACGAGUGGCAUUUCUAUUCAUAAAUGUGAUUUAACAAAGGUAAACGCCACAAAUUUAACCCAUGUGUUGUUUAUAUUACUUGCAAUUGGGAUAAAGUAAACAUCUGCUGAGUAUAUUAAAAUAAGAUAAUUGAUUAUGUUAAAUUAAAAGCCCCAAAAUGCAUCGGGUCCACCAGACCCAGCAGGACUCUUUAUGUAACAAAAAAACGAAGACCCUAUAAGGGUUAAAUUACUAAGUAUUGUUCUCCACAGUGGUGAUAAGAGCCAGACCUCAGAAGAGCUCAAUGCCUCUAAAAGCUACCUCACAAAAACUACAACAUCUACUGCCUGAUGCUGAAACAUUGUUUUACAAGCAGGUCAUUUUAAUGCAAAUAAGAACCGAAAAGGAAAAAAUUACCUUUAUUUUACCAUUAUUAACAUUGCAUAUACAAUCUCAAGAAACACAUGGCAGUUCAUUGGUUAUUUUAGAUAGUAAACUGUAAAAGUAAAAUGGCUCGAUUUGCAUUGUAGACAUCGCAACCCCUGGUUCCUGUCACUACCACUUUAAAGAAAUCUGGGUCAGUAAGUUUCUCUACAGUGAAUUAUUUCUCAACAAACCACUUUUAAUGACUUUGUUUGCAGAAAUAUUGAAAAAUCUGUUGAAUUUAUAUAAAAAGUACACUUCCACUUGAGAUUGUAAAUGAGGUAGAAAUACAGCAAAGUUUCACAAGGGAAGAUUGUGUUAAGAUGGUGAUGUCAUUUAAUUGAAUGAAGUUCUUGGCAAAGAAAGAAUGCAAAGCAUGUUGAACAAAAGCUUAACUGUAACUAUUUUAAUUUGACCAUAUACAAUCUAAUAUUCUGCUCACCUAAAAUGUGGAAUUGAAAACAAAAAAAUACUCUUUCAAAACAAUAAAACACACAGAGCUUAAAAAGGUGACUUGUACUUCUGCCUCAUAUUUGUUGAACUGAUUGAAGUAAAUAUGUUUAAAAUGUUUAGUUUUACAUUUUACACUGUACAUUUUUUUUUUCUAAUGAAGCCAAAGCACACAUUUUGUGCUGUAUCAUCAAAAUAUGAAUUCUGUCUAAUGGUAAAGACCUUAAGAAAAUAAAGUUCAUCCUGAA